AUGGCAGACAAUGAGAAAGCUUUUGCGGACUUCAAGUUCUACCACUACGACCCCAGUCUCGCAGCCAACAUUGUCUUUAUUGUGCUCUUCGCCAUUGUCGCAAUCGGCCAUGUAUGGUUGCUCGUGCACAAGAGGGUUUGGUACUUUAUUCCCUUCGUCAUCGGGUGUAUCUUCGAAGCGGUCGGAUACGUCGGUCGAGCCAUUUCCGCGACGGAAACGCCAAAAUGGACGCUAAAGCCCUACAUCAUCCAAACCCUCCUCAUCCUCCUCGGCCCGGCCCUGCUCGCUGCCUCCAUCUACAUGAUCCUCGCCCGGCUAAUCCGGCUGCUUGGUGCCGAAAAGUACGCCCUAAUCCGGCCGAAUUGGAUGACCAAGGUAUUCGUCACUGGCGAUGUCCUUUCCUUCUUUGCACAAGGUGGUGGCGGCGGCCUCAUGGCCCAGGCAAAGUCGAAACAGGACCAACAGCGCGGCGAGUACAUCAUCCUCGGCGGCCUGGCCAUCCAAGUCCUCUUCUUCGGCUUCUUCAUGGUGACCGCCGUCGCCUUCCACGUGCGCAUCAGCAGCAACCCAACUCCCAAAUCAUACUCAGUCACGGGGCCCUGGCGGCAGCACGUCGUGGCGCUCUACAUAUCCAGUGUCCUGAUCAUGGUCCGGUCCGUGUUUCGCAUGAUCGAGUUCGGCAUGGGCAGCGACAGCGUGCUCAUGUCCAACGAGGCGUACCUUCUCGCUCUAGACGGCGCGCUGAUGUUUAUCGUCGCCGUCGUGUUCCUGUGGAGCCACCCUUCCCGCGCGCUCAGGGGUUACAAGGACAGCAGCAUGCUGCCGGUGGACAGCGUGGAGAGCGGGCGCAACACGGCCGAGAGCCUGCAGAUGCUGUCGGUGCAUCUUCCCCAGACGGUGCAGGUUCCGUCGUCUCAGCAGAGCAAGUAUGAGAGCGACAGCUCCGUGGCACCCGGGACGACGGGGCCCCGGACUGGGUAUGGGUACGAGAUGCCGGCGGGCAGGUACUCGAACUCGUAUGGGGGGUGA